AUCUACCACCACCUCAACUAAAAGAAUCCUGUCUUGUAUAAACCCUCGGCUUACUUCUAUACAUCUCGCUGUCUUUAGCUCCCCUUUAGUCGUUCCCUGCUAAACCUUGACAUCAUUCGCCAUGGACACUUUAGUAGCUCAGUACAGCCGGCCAGCAUUCGAGAAUGAGGGCUAUGCGCAGGACGACGAUCAACAGCUCAUAACCCAAAUCACUCCUCCUCUCUCCCUGAAGUUUGCACUACCUCCAGUGGCUCAGUCAUCAUCAUGGCUUCGAGCAAUGACCGACGACUACUCCAACCCGAACUGCCCCAUCAAGAUUGCCCACGGAACCACCACGCUGGCCUUCCGCUUCCAGGGUGGAAUCAUAGUCGCUACAGAUUCAAGAGCAACGGCUGGAAAUUGGAUAGCCAGUCAGACAGUCAAGAAGGUUAUCGAGAUCAACAGCUGUUUGUUGGGAACUAUGGCUGGUGGUGCUGCUGACUGUCAAUACUGGCUCGCAUACCUAGGCAUGCAAUGUCGCCUCCACGAGCUCCGUCACAAGCGUCGCAUAUCGGUUGCUGCAGCCUCCAAGAUCCUCGCCAACCUUGUCUAUUCAUACAAGGGUAUGGGCUUGAGCAUGGGUACUAUGUGCGCUGGUGUGACACCCCAAGAAGGACCCGCACUAUAUUACAUUGACAGUGACGGUACGCGUCUCUCUGGCAAUCUGUUUUGUGUUGGCUCUGGUCAAACAUUUGCUUACGGUGUGCUCGACGCCGAAUACAAAUAUGACCUAACCGAGGAGGAGGCACUGGAGCUAGGCCGUCGCAGCAUUCUGGCCGCUACCCAUCGUGAUGCUUUUUCGGGUGGUUUUAUCAACCUGUACCACGUCAAGGAGGAUGGCUGGGUCAAGCAUGGCUUCAACGACACUAAUCCGAUCUUCUGGAAGACGAAGUUGGAGAAGGGAGAGUUCUCGAAUGUUACCUCAAAGUUGGUUUAAGUGCAAGCUGGAAGGUCGACUUGCAUAACUAGGCGUCACGCAUAGAGCGUAGGAUUGAAGCAGCUAUUAACUGCUUAUGUAACUUCAAUAUCUUGUGAUAUUAGAUUUAAUGCAGUCGGUUCCUGCAACAUCAUCAGU